GGCUAGGGGGCGGGCGGGCGGCGCUGGUCGCUGUCCUGGGUGUUGAAUCUGCUGCGGCUGCUGCUCGCCGGAGCCAGGGAGCGGCUGCGGGCUGCGGACGGCAAAGGGCGGGCGGGCGGCAUGGAGUGAGGGCUGGCGGCGGCGGGCAGGGGAGCGGGACAGCUGCCUGCGAUGGGCCAGGCAUGAUGGGGGCGCUCGGCUCCGUCCUCCCGCUGCUGCUGCCGUCGCUGCUGCAGGUCCUCGCCGCCGCCCCGCUCACUCAACUGCCCUCCGCCGGAGCCGCCGCCGAGGCGCGGAUCGGCUGCCUGUUUGAGGAUGACCUUUGCAAAUCAUUUGAAAUCUGUGUAAAUGAUGGAAUAUUUGGGAGAUGCCAGCAAGUGCCAGUAUCAGAUACCUAUAAAUAUGAUAUUUCACCCACUGUUCUUCAUCGCCUAAGGAUCAUCCUGGAGAAGCUCUCACACAGAGGUUUUACCUGGCAAGAUGAUUAUACUCAGCAUGUUAUUGGUCAGGAACUCUCAACCAUUCACAAAAUCCACAACAGACACCCUGAUAUAUUUGCAUCUGAAGGCUCUGACACAGGAAGGAUUUUGGGACAGAAUGCAGAUAAUGAAAGAAAUUACAAUCUGGAAAAGGAUGUGAACUUGGCCAAUUCUCUUCAGCAAUAUCUUAAAUAUCUUGGUAUUCUCUCCCAGUCUGCAGCUACAAAUUUGUAUCCAAGGAAGACAAAUGACAAAGCUUCUGUCAAGAGCUACAUCUAUAAUGAUCCUAUCAGGUACUACAUGAUGCAAAAACCCAAAGAAAGAGCAACUCCUUUGUCCCAUGCAUCAACAACCCAUCAACAGCACGCUGACAAUCUCCAUGGGAGGGCCUCCAGCUCACAUCAUCCAGACAAGUUCUCGCCAGAGUCAGAAAUGGAGCUUGACCAAAAAACUCUGAUGGCUGCGCUGCACACAUACAUCACUCAGAACCUGUCAGCACAAAGCAAUGAUAAAAGCUCUCACAGCAGGACUAAAGGCUCUCAGAUUUAUGCUGAUAAAUUCUACUCUUCACAAGUCAAUCCUUUUGAUGGAACUUUUGCCAAAGGAAAAGCAGAGGAUCUUAAAAUGAAGAAACUGAUCCAACCAAGACCUGCAUCUGGAGUGCUGGGGCCAACCCCUGAGAAGCUGAAUCAUAAAUCUGCUUCCAUGGACAACCCAAAGGACCCUUUGAGUGUAGUGGAUGAGACACUUAUUAAAGAUGUCUUGAAGGACCUAGAGAAACACCAAGUGAAUGUGGAGAAUCUCAGCUCAACAGAACUGGAUGAGAUUGCUGAUACUAUUGCCAAUGCAAUUCAAACUGUUGACAUUCAGGAAGAAACUGAAGAGGGUGCUGGGAAAACUAAAGAAAACAGAACAGAAGCACAAAUGAGGACAGGAGAUGCUCAAGGAAGGGCAGAGAUUCGGACUCGAUUAAUGGAAAACAGUGUUAAUAUACCAGACAGUGGAGUGCGUGAAGCCACUGCAAGAACUGAUAAAGAGAAUACUUCAACAGUAGUUAACUUCUUGAAUGAGAAUGCGUUACCUGAAAAUAUACCUGAAGAUCUUACACCUGAAAAAUCUACUAAGACAGAAACCAAGAAAUCUGAAGACACUGGCUCUUCUUCCUCAGAAGAAGUAAGUGCUGGUGUGGAAGAUGUUAAAAGUGAGACUUUCACAAGGGAACUGACAGCUGCAAAGAACAGUGAAUCUGACUUUAAAGACCCGAAUGAAACCCGCUACUGGAUUAAGGACUCUUUAAUGCAGGAUGGAAACUCCCAUGCAAAGCCUCAGAAUAGUAUGGGACAAGGCUUACAGCUUGAAGUAAAGUCUUCUGAAGAGAAAGAAUAUGGCUAUAUUGUGACUGUGAAAGACCCCCUGAGUGUGGAAAAGGGCUUGGAGUUAAUAAAGGAAGUGGCAGAUAUCCUGAAGCUGCAGAUGAGUGCCUUCGAUGAUGUCAAUGUGCUGGGACCAGCUGUGACCUUCAGAGUGCACUCAAACCUCGAAAACAUUUCAACCGCAGAUGUUGCCAAAGCAGCAGCCGUAAACAAAGACAAGCUUGAAAAGACAACUGGACUGAAAAUUCUGCAAACUGGUGUGGGGGAGAAAAGCAACGUCCCGCCGCUCCCGCAGCGCAGGGAAGAGGCAGAGUCCGCCAAAUACCUUCUCCUCACCCUCCUCUCCCUCGCUUGCAUCGCCGGGGUCCUGGCGGCCUCGGGGGUCGCCUACUGCCUCCGGCACCGCGCCCACCGCCGGCUAAAGGAGAAGCUCUCGGCCCUUGGGGGUGACGCCGGCGCCGACGCUACCGCUGCUUAUCAGGAGCUAUGUCGUCAGCGCAUGGCAGUGAAAGCAUCUGAUCGCCCGGAGCCCCUGCAUUCUUCUCGAAUAAACAGCGUUUCUUCACAAUUUAGUGAUGGCCCCAUUCCCAGCCCCUCAGCCCGGAGCAGCACAUCAUCCUGGUGCGAGGAGCCGGUCCAGUCCAACAUGGACAUUUCCACGGGUCACAUGAUCUUGUCCUACAUGGAAGAUCAUCUGAAAAACAAGAAUCGUCUGGAGAAAGAGUGGGAAGCUCUGUGUGCUUAUCAGGCUGAACCAAAUGCCACCACUGUUGCAGAGCAGGAGGAAAAUAUCCAGAAGAAUCGCUCACGGGCUGUAGUACCAUAUGAUCAUUCCAGGAUAUGUCUGAAAGGCGAAAGUAGCCACGACAAUUCAGACUACAUCAAUGCUAGCCCAAUUAUGGACCAUGACCCCCGAAACCCUGCAUAUAUUGCCACCCAGGGCCCUCUUCCUGCUACUGUCGCUGACUUCUGGCAGAUGGUCUGGGAGAACGGCUGUGUCGUUAUUGUCAUGCUGACACCCCUCGUGGAAAACGGAGUCAAACAGUGCUACCACUAUUGGCCAGACGAAGGGUCAAACCUCUACCACAUCUAUGAGGUAAACCUUGUCUCUGAGCACAUCUGGUGCGAGGAUUUCCUUGUGAGGAGCUUCUACCUGAAGAACUUGCAGACAAAUGAGACACGCACAGUGACACAGUUCCACUUCCUCAGCUGGAAUGAUCAGAGGGUUCCUGCUUCCACAAGAUCACUUCUGGAUUUCCGCAGAAAAGUAAACAAGUGCUACAGGGGUCGCUCUUGUCCAGUAGUUGUUCAUUGCAGUGAUGGUGCGGGAAGAAGUGGAACCUACAUUCUAAUUGACAUGGUUCUCAAUAAAAUGGCCAAAGGUGCUAAAGAGAUUGAUAUUGCUGCUACCCUGGAGCACUUGAGGGACCAGAGACCAGGCAUGGUCCAGACAAAGGAGCAGUUUGAAUUUGCUUUGACAGCGGUUGCAGAGGAAGUGAAUGCAAUACUCAAGGCACUUCCCCAGUGAACAGCUCUGUCUCACGAAGGUUCCCGCAGGAUCUGUCCCUCAUUCUCUUCAUCCUCAGUCCCUGUGAAUGUUCUUGGAAACCGUGACCUGAGCUUAACUGUGUAUCUUCUGUUGUAACCACAUAGUGAUAGGGUCCUUACAAACCCCUUUAGCUGAUAAAAGUUCAACAGUUAAAAUGUGUAUUCUGGUUUUGGGGGUUUUAAACAAGUUUUUAAAAGUACAUUGAAGCCUCGGAUUAAGUGACAGAACAAUCCAUCUGAUUCCUUUCAUAUACUCAAAGCCCUCAAUGUCACACUUUGAAAGCACACAUUCAUGUUCUUAAUGGCAAAUAUACAGUAUUGUGGGUAAUUAGUGCAGUCAAUAUAGUCUCAGAAAACAGUGUUCUGUUAUAUUUUGUAACUUCUCAAAGGCUGAAUAAGAGGAGGGAGGGGAGCCUGAAGAGAGUCACGGUUGUUCCUGUACAAUGCCAAGCUAGAGCAUGAAACAGUGCUGAGGGUGUGAAUAAACAGAGGUCCAGGCUCUGGCAAAGAGAGCUUGCACCUUCACAUGGUGCGUUUUGGCAAGCAAAUGUUUCUUAACUGUUGUUUACUUUUCAGCUUUGUGCCACGAAUGGAAGAAAAUCUGAACUGUAAGUAAAUAGGUUGCACAGUUGUUGCAACUGGGGAGAGCAAGUUGGUCACCCGAAUGGGAAACCAGGUAAUAAUGAGCACAACUCUAGCCAUAUACCUACCACUGACAGCACAGAAAAACAGAGUGUAGACUCACCUCAGGUGAUGGGGAAAGGCCCUGUCAGCAGUCAGGUAAAUGUCUGGAGCUGUUAAGAAAACAGAUGGCUGAUUUUAUGGGAUUAGUGAGGAAGAAAAUGGGUCUCCUCUUUAUAUUUUUGCAUAUUCCUCUGUAAAACUGUGCUGUGCCAUCCUUUUCAGCCAGGAAAAUAUGUUUCUCUAAAACCCUGGCUGAAGGAGAAAUCUUCAAUCUGCGUUUUAUGAUUCUCAUUGAGUUUGUCUGAUCCAGACAUUCGUUGCACCUUUCUGCAGAGGCUCUGCUCAGUCCUUUUUCUCAAUUAUACCUGUUUUAAUUAACCAUUAAGUGAUAAAGAAGCACACAGGUGGAAUUUCAGACAUUCUUGUGUUCUCAAAAUCCUAAUGCCUACUGUUGCAGAGUAAUGCUAAAAUAUGCCUGUAAAUGGUUUGGUUAUGCAAUCUUGCUUAUGUGAAUUCACAGGUUUAGUUUUGGUACUCUUCUGAAGUAAUUUACAUUAUUGAUAGAAAGUACUCUGAUAUGUUUAAGUGAAGAGCCUGAGAGUAAAAUUAGCAGAGGUACUUAAGCGAUCUAGGCUC